GCACAGUGUGCUUUUGUGGCUGAUUCCUUAAACUCGUUCGCGUUGCUAAUGGUCGCGUGUGAAAAAUACAAUAAAAUAAAACACUGAAAAGCCAGGAAAAUCAAACAAAUUAAGCCCAUAACUCGGAAAUUAUCUACAAUCCUCAAACGACUCUCUACAGCAGACUAACAAUAAAUGCCAAAUUUUUACAAACCGCCGCUUUAAACUCGUCCAAAACUAACAACCAUCAAAAUACAACCAAACUAUAAGUCACCACCGUCGAUUUUCUACAACUCUGAAAAACAAAACAUUAAAAAUAAACAAAAUAUUUUCUAAACAUAACUAAAAGCUUUCCCGUAUUUAAGUGAGUCUGAAAAAAGUGCGCUUGUCUGUGUAUUGCGACUGAGACCAAACACACCUGUUGCUGCGAUGCUUUGACCGCAUUUAGCUAUUUUGCUUUCUGGCGAGCUCUACUCCACAAGGAAAACGCUCUUUCUAGACCGCAUCUUAAACGAAAGGCAAAUCAAUAUUGUGCGUCCGAAUGAAACUUCAAAUAUGAAUACAGGAGACCGUAAGGAGCAAGCCUCGUUAACACCGCAACAGCAACAAUCGCCGCAGCAACCAGAGCAACAGCAACCAAUUACCCGACACGAUGCCUUGGAUAGUUCUAGUGCUAACAAUAAGCUAAAUAAUAAACAUAAUAGCGAUAAGGAUAAGGAUAUAACUAGCGAUAGGAAUUGGGAGGCGGGCAGAGAUUUAUUGCCAGCCAGUGUUGUCAUCGUCGAUGAAUCAUGUCCCACGUCCAAAAGUCAGAAACAACCAUCAGAAUCGAGCGUUGUGCCGCGAAGUGGUGCCACUUCCUCAUCGCAACGACGCCGACAAUUGCAAUUCCAAAGACAAAAGGAGGCCAAACUUUAUGACCGCGGAGAUGGGGAGCCUUCGACCUCAACCUCGACCUCCGCCACCACAACAGCAACAACAACUGUGAUGGGUGGCGGGGAGUUGGUGAACUGUAUUGCCUACGAUGACAACACUCUGGUAAUCGAGAGGAAACCCUCGCCCACCUCCCCGUCCACCUCCCGACUAUAUCUCAAGUCCGAAACACCCACGCGUGGCAGUCGAAAAUAUAAUCGCAAGUCAUCGGCCAAAAGUGAUUUGGAAGUGGUCGUUGUUAAGCCGGAACACCAUCAUCAGCUUCGAUCCCCAACGAUAACGCUUCCGGUUCCUGCUAACCAACUAACCACCUCAGCAUCAGCGGGCACUUCGCCCACGGGAGCGGGAUUGGGAUCAGGAUUGGGAACAGCCUCGGGAACGGUCCUGCAACAAAGGUACAUACAACUCCAGCUGGAGCACGAAAAGAAAUACAUUUUCCAUGCAAUGCAAGAGUUUGAUUACAUGGAACAAACUAGGCGUUCUAGGGCAUAUUGCAGUGCCCUCGAUCCGAGCGAGGAACAGAAUCAUCCCAGUGGAACCAGGAGGCGACCCACCAGCACUGAACUUGCCCUCAGUAACGUCACCAGUCAGAUUGUAAACAACGCCACCUACAAGUUAGACUUCAAACAACGCCGUCACAAAAGCAACAACGGCAGUGGCAGUGAACAAGCGGCGGGAACAGGAUCUUUAACAGGAUUAGCCACAGGUUCGGUGACAAGUCCUGGUGCUGGACCCUCGAGCUCCAGUGGCAAGCGUCGUAAGUCCAGUUGUACUUCCUGUGGCGGUGGUGGCAUAAGUGCCCCUCCCCCAAGACUAACACCCGAGGAGUGUUGGCAACUGCAACCGCAGAACAGUGUCACCAGUGCCGGCAGCACAAAUAGUAGUCUAAGCAGCGGCGGCGGACACGACGAGGAUAGUAGUUAUAGUGCCGUCGGUGGCGAUAGUAGCAGCAGUAAUAGUUGCAACUGCGACAUAACCGGUGAUAAUAGUACGCUGCAUGGUUUUGGAGUCGGCGACGUUAGUAGUUUUAUUAUCGAUUGUGACGACGAUAUCGAGGGUGACGACGAUCUCAACCAGGAUCUCAGUUCGCAAACCCUGCGCACAGCGGCUAUAGUAGCGGCAGUUGCAGCUGCAGCCAAGGAACAGGCACAGGAGCAAUCGCUCGCCGACUGCGAUAGCUUCAGCGAUCAGCGACAGGAUGCCGAUGAGGGUGUCCGAAUCAUCCAGGCUAGUGGCGGCAAUAACGACUCACUCGAGGACGUCGGCGAGGUGGAUGACAACGCCGACGUUGUUGUGAGAAAGAAUUCAAGAAAUCGCCCUUCGAUCAGCAGGACAUGCAGGAUCACCGAGGAGGACGACGACGAACAGGAGCUAGACGACGAGGAGCCCGAAGGCACCACCAUUGACAUUGAUGAACAAGAACAGCAACAGCAGGAGCACGAGGACCAAGGAGAAUCCGGUGAAGACGAGGACGACGACGACGACGUCGACGAGUAUUUUGAGGAGGAAGAGGACGACACCCAGGCCUUUUCACCAUUCUACUCCAGUUCCGCGGAGUUAAUAGAUAAUUUUGGUGGCGGUGCUGGCAAAUUCUUCAACAUUAUGGACUUUGAACGAGGAGCCUCCGGCGGAGGUGGCUUUUCGCCAAACGGCAAUGGCGGUCCCGGUAGCGGGGAUGCCUCCCGAGUGGCGAGAUACGAUUCCGGGGAGGGUGAUCUGGGCGGCGGCAACAACAUCAUGGGCAUCGAUUCUAUGGGCAUUGCAAACAUUCCGGAAACCAUGAACGGCACCACAAUUGGACCAAGUGGAGCUGGUGGCCAAAAAUCUGGUCCUGGGGCAGCUGCCGCCGGCCAAAAGAGGCCACAGCGACGUGGAAAACCUCAGCCAGAUAGACCACAACGAGCACUAUUUUGCCUAAGCCUCAAAAAUCCUUUGCGAGCCAUGUGCAUUCGCAUAGUGGAGUGGAAGCCAUUUGAGUUCCUUAUUUUGUUAACCAUAUUUGCCAAUUGUGUUGCCUUGGCUGUCUACACGCCCUAUCCAGGCAGCGAUUCGAACGUGACGAAUCAAACUUUGGAAAAAGUUGAAUAUAUAUUCCUAGUUAUAUUCACAGCGGAAUGUGUUAUGAAAAUUUUAGCAUAUGGUUUUGUGUUACAUAAUGGUGCAUAUCUAAGAAAUGGAUGGAAUUUAUUAGAUUUUACAAUUGUAGUUAUAGGAGCGAUAAGUACUGCACUCUCCCAACUGAUGAAGGACGCCUUCGAUGUGAAGGCCCUACGUGCCUUUCGUGUGCUACGUCCACUGCGACUUGUAUCGGGUGUACCAAGUCUACAGGUUGUGCUGAAUUCAAUUUUAAAGGCCAUGGUGCCACUGUUUCACAUUGCACUCCUGGUCAUAUUCGUAAUCAUAAUCUAUGCGAUCAUUGGCCUAGAGCUCUUCUCUGGCAAAUUGCACAAGGCGUGUCGCGAUGAGAUCACAGGUGAAUUCGAGGAAAAUAUCCGGCCCUGCGGCGUGGGAUAUAAGUGUCCGCCGGGCUUUAAGUGCUAUGGCGGCUGGGAUGGACCAAACGACGGCAUCACAAACUUCGACAAUUUCGGCUUGGCCAUGUUGACGGUGUUCCAAUGCGUCACCCUAGAAGGAUGGACCGAUGUCCUAUAUAGCAUCCAAGAUGCAAUGGGCAGCGAUUGGCAGUGGAUGUAUUUCAUUUCCAUGGUCAUCCUGGGUGCCUUCUUCGUGAUGAACCUGAUUCUCGGUGUGUUGUCCGGUGAGUUCUCCAAGGAGCGUAACAAAGCCAAGAAUCGCGGUGACUUCCAGAAGCUGCGAGAAAAGCAGCAGAUUGAAGAAGAUCUGCGGGGCUACCUUGAUUGGAUAACCCAAGCCGAGGACAUCGAACCCGAUGCCGUUGGGGGCCUAAUAUCCGAUGGCAAAGGUAAGCAGCCAAAUGAAAUGGACUCCACCGAGAACCUGGGCGAGGAAUUGCCCGAAGUUCAGCUGACUGAAUCGCGUUGGCGCAAAAUGAAGAAAGACUUUGAUCGGGUCAAUCGCCGAAUGCGUCGAGCCUGCCGCAAGGCUGUAAAGUCCCAGGCAUUCUACUGGCUCAUCAUCGUCCUGGUGUUCCUCAAUACUGGCGUCUUGGCCACAGAGCAUUAUGGACAACUUGAUUGGCUGGAUCAAUUCCAAGAGUACACUAACAUGUUCUUCAUCGGUCUCUUCACCUGUGAAAUGUUAUUGAAGAUGUACAGUCUGGGUUUUCAGGGCUACUUUGUUUCAUUAUUCAAUCGCUUUGAUUGCUUCGUCGUGAUUGGCAGUAUAACAGAGACUCUGUUGACCAAAACAGGAAUGAUGCCUCCAUUGGGUGUCUCCGUGUUGCGUUGUGUACGUCUACUGAGAGUCUUCAAAGUGACCAAAUACUGGCGAUCUCUUUCAAAUCUCGUUGCUUCCCUACUUAACUCUAUACAAUCGAUUGCUUCGCUUUUGUUACUGCUCUUCCUAUUUAUUGUGAUAUUUGCUCUGUUGGGUAUGCAAGUGUUUGGCGGUAAAUUUAAUUUUGAUGGCAAAGAGGAGAAGUAUCGAAUGAACUUCGACUGCUUUUGGCAAGCCCUUCUCACAGUUUUUCAGAUAAUGACUGGUGAGGAUUGGAAUGCUGUGAUGUAUGUGGGCAUCAAUGCUUACGGCGGAGUGUCCUCCUAUGGUGCCUUGGCGUGUAUUUACUUUAUAAUUUUGUUUAUCUGCGGUAACUAUAUCCUGCUGAACGUGUUCUUGGCCAUCGCUGUAGAUAACUUGGCAGAUGCCGACUCACUGUCCGAGGUGGAAAAGGAAGAAGAGCCUCAUGAUGAUUCAGCUCAGAAGAAGUCGCAUAGUCCUACUCCAACAAUUGAUGGCAUGGAUGAUCAUCUAAGCAUAGAUAUUGAUAUGGAACAACAGGAAUUGGAUGACGAAGAUAAAAUGGACCACGAAACCUUAUCCGAUGAGGAAGUCCGUGAAAUGUGCGAGGAGGAAGAAGAAGUAUCAGCACGUGUCACUGCACGACCCCGACGAUUAUCUGAGGUCAGCAUGAAGAAGACUAAAAAGCCCAUCCCGCGAGGCAGUGCCUUUUUCAUUUUCAGUUACACGAACAGAUUCCGUGUGUUCUGCCAUUGGCUUUGCAAUCACAGCAAUUUCGGCAACAUUAUCCUGUGUUGCAUUAUGUUUUCGUCGGCUAUGUUGGCAGCAGAGAAUCCUCUGAGAGCCAACGAUGAUCUGAAUAAAGUGCUCAAUAAAUUUGAUUAUUUUUUCACGGCAGUUUUCACAAUAGAACUGAUUCUGAAAUUGAUUUCAUACGGUUUCGUAUUACACGACGGAGCCUUUUGCAGAUCCGCAUUUAAUCUAUUAGAUUUACUUGUGGUCUGCGUGUCAUUGAUUUCUCUAGUGUCCAGUUCGAAUGCGAUUUCAGUCGUGAAAAUUCUACGUGUGCUCCGUGUUUUAAGGCCACUCAGAGCCAUUAAUCGUGCCAAGGGUCUCAAGUAUGUGGUCAAGUGCGUUGUAGUCGCAAUCAAAACCAUUGGUAAUAUCAUGUUGGUGACAUAUUUGUUACAAUUCAUGUUCGCUGUUAUUGGAGUACAACUCUUUAAGGGUAAAUUUUUCAGGUGCACUGAUGGUUCCAAAAUGUCGCAAGAUGAAUGCUACGGAACUUAUCUAGUCUAUGAUGAUGGUGAUGUCCAUAAGCCGCGACUCAAGGAAAGGGAAUGGAGUAACAAUCGAUUCCAUUUCGACGACGUGGCCAAGGGCAUGUUGACAUUGUUCACAGUAUCCACCUUUGAGGGUUGGCCGGGGUUGCUUUACGUUUCAAUUGAUUCGAAUAAUGAAAAUCGCGGUCCAAUACACAACUUCCGUCCGAUCGUAGCUGCCUACUAUAUAAUCUAUAUUAUUAUUAUUGCCUUCUUCAUGGUGAACAUAUUCGUCGGUUUCGUUAUUGUCACUUUCCAAAAUGAAGGUGAACAGGAAUAUAAGAAUUGUGAUCUGGAUAAGAAUCAGCGUAACUGCAUAGAGUUCGCCCUAAAAGCGAAGCCCGUUAGACGCUAUAUACCGAAGCAUGGUAUACAAUAUAAAGUCUGGUGGUUCGUCACCUCGUCAUCCUUUGAGUAUACCAUAUUCAUACUGAUCAUGAUAAACACUGUAACGCUGGCCAUGAAGUUCUAUAACCAGCCGUUGUGGUAUACAGAACUUUUAGAUGCCUUGAAUAUGAUAUUUACGGCGGUUUUUGCCCUGGAAUUUGUAUUUAAAUUAGCCGCUUUUCGAUUUAAGAACUACUUUGGAGAUGCCUGGAACGUUUUCGAUUUUAUUAUUGUGUUAGGCAGUUUCAUUGAUAUUGUCUACUCGGAAAUCAAGAGCAAAAACACUUCACAGACGGCAGAAUGUGACAUUGUAGAGGGUUGUAAAUCUGCUAAGAAAUCUGCUGGAUCAAAUUUGAUAUCCAUCAAUUUCUUCCGUCUUUUUCGUGUGAUGCGACUUGUGAAGCUUCUCAGUAAAGGCGAAGGCAUUCGGACAUUACUUUGGACUUUUAUAAAGUCUUUUCAGGCCUUGCCUUAUGUAGCCCUUUUAAUUGUACUUUUAUUCUUUAUAUAUGCUGUGGUUGGAAUGCAAGUUUUUGGCAAAAUUGCACUAGAUGGCGGUAACGCAAUAACGGAAAACAACAACUUCCAGACCUUCCAGCAGGCAGUUCUCGUACUUUUCCGAUCUGCCACCGGAGAAGCUUGGCAGGAAAUCAUGAUGUCCUGCUCAGCACAACCGGAUGUGAAAUGCGAUAUGAAUUCAGAUACGCCGGGAGAGCCUUGCGGUUCCUCUAUAGCCUAUCCCUACUUCAUUUCCUUUUACGUUCUCUGCUCAUUUUUGAUUAUUAAUCUUUUCGUCGCUGUCAUUAUGGACAACUUUGACUACUUGACGCGCGAUUGGUCCAUCUUGGGACCACAUCACUUGGAUGAAUUUAUUCGGCUUUGGAGCGAAUACGACCCGGAUGCCAAGGGACGGAUCAAACAUUUGGAUGUGGUCACAUUGCUGAGAAAGAUAUCUCCGCCCCUCGGUUUCGGCAAGCUGUGUCCCCAUCGAAUGGCCUGCAAGCGACUGGUCUCCAUGAACAUGCCACUCAAUUCCGAUGGAACUGUUCUGUUUAAUGCCACAUUAUUUGCAGUGGUUCGCACCUCGCUGAGCAUCAAAACUGAGGGUAACAUCGAUGAUGCCAACUCCGAGCUGCGAGCCACUAUCAAGCAGAUCUGGAAGCGGACCAAUCCAAAACUCUUGGAUCAGGUUGUUCCACCUCCCGGCAACGAUGACGAGGUGACCGUUGGCAAGUUCUAUGCCACGUAUCUCAUUCAGGACUAUUUCCGACGUUUUAAGAAGCGUAAGGAACAGGAGGGCAAAGAGGGCCACCCGGACAGCAAUACGGUUACUUUGCAGGCAGGUCUUCGAACUCUGCACGAAGUUUCCCCGGCUCUGAAGAGAGCCAUCUCCGGUAAUCUUGACGAGCUGGAUCAGGAACCAGAGCCUAUGCAUCGACGCCACCAUACACUUUUUGGAAGUGUGUGGUCAUCAAUCCGCCGGCAUGGAAACGGAACCUUCCGGCGGAGUGCCAAGGCGACAGCCUCGCAGAGCAAUGGGGCUUUAGCGAUCGGCGGAUCAGCUUCAGCUGCCUUAGGCGUUGGCGGUAGUACGCUGGUCCUGGGAAGCGGCGAUCCCUCUGGUGGGGACUAUCUGUACGAUACCUUGAAUCGCAGUGUGGCCGAUGGGGUGAACAAUAUAACUCGGAACAUAAUGCAGGCCCGAUUGGCGGCAGCCGGGAAGCUGCAGGAUGAACUGCACGCCAGUGGAAGUGGCGGGGAGCUAAGGACAUUCGGCGAGAGCAUUUCCAUGCGACCGCUGGCCAAAAACGGCGGCGGAGCGGCCACUGUGGCCGGAACGCUGCCGCCCGAGGCCAAUGCCAUUAACUAUGACAACCGCAAUCGUGGUAUUUUAUUGCAUCCAUAUAACAAUGUCUACGCGCCCAAUGGUGCUAUUCCUGGCCACGAACGCAUGAUCCAAUCGACACCAGCUAGUCCUUACGAUCAGCGUCGUUUACCAACUUCAUCUGAUAUGAACGGCCUAGCCGAGUCAUUGAUUGGAGGGGUACUCGCCGCUGAGGGAUUGGGUAAAUACUGUGACUCCGAAUUCGUAGGUACUGCUGCCCGGGAGAUGCGUGAGGCGUUGGACAUGACGCCGGAAGAAAUGAAUCUGGCCGCCCACCAGAUCCUCUCAAACGAGCACUCGCUAAGCCUGAUUGGGAGUAGCAAUGGUAGCAUCUUUGGAGGUUCUGCCAGUGGCCUUGGAGGCGCAGGAUCUGGGGGUGUUAGUGGGUUGGGCGGUAGCAGUAGCAUUCGCAACGCCUUCGGUGGAAGCGGAAGUGGUCCGUCCUCACUGUCGCCGCAGCAUCAGCCAUAUUCGGGCACUCUGAAUUCACCACCGAUUCCGGAUAAUCGUCUGAGACGUGUUGCCACAGUCACGACCACAAACAAUAACAAUAAGUCCCAACUUAGCCAAAACAAUUCGAGUAGCUUAAAUAGUAGAGCCAAUGCCAAUAGCCAAAUGAACAUGUCACCAACUGCACAACAAAUGCAGCAACAAUCGCCCCAAAGAGGUCAGGGCAAUCCGGCCUUCUCCUCAUAGCACCCACAUUGUAAGCUAUACAUACAGAAUGUCUUCUUGAUGGAAUUUUAAGUGUACAUCUAGCGGGAAAUUUAUCUAUAAUUUUUAGCGAACAAAAAACACUUUAGUCUUAGCAUCGGGAAUUGUUAUUAUAUUUGAAUUGUUCACAAGCAAGAACCAAACAUAAAGAAACAAAAAACAAAAAAAAAACUUGUAUAACUUGUAUAAAGAAAAACCGCUAAUUGUAAAUGUAUAAAAUGAAUAAUGUUUUUGCCUUUUUGAGAAAUCUAUCGUUGGCCUUCGUCCUCUAACGAGCCACAAAACCAAAAACCAAACAAACUAAACUGAACAAUUUAAGGAAAAAGUGUAUAUUUUUGGAAAAGAUAGAAAAACCAACCUAAAACUAAUAAAGUUUACCUUGUAAUUAGAGAUAAAGAUCAAAACCAAAAACAAAUAAUGAAAAACACACCAAUACAAUUGAUUAGGUAAUAAUCACCAAAACUUAAAACAAUUACUUAUACAUUAACAUUGAGCGACACAGUGUAAUUACCUAUUUCGAUUUAGACGCAUUUUAUUUUUUAAGUAUUUAAAAUAUAAACAAUUUAUGAUAAACUGAAUUGUUUACAAUAUAUGCAACAGACAUAUAUGUAUAAAAUUUAUAAAUGUAAUAGCAUAAUUUCAAACUGAAUGAGAGACCGAAGCCCUUGAAAAACUUAAUGUAAACUGAAUUUUAAUUGUUAUGAUUGAAUUUUUACAAUAAAAAACCAGAAAAAUGUGACCAAA